AAUGUUGAUCAUUAUUGCAGAAAUCCUCAAGCAUGGAACCGGAUUUGUUCCGGAACAACACUGAUGCUACAAAUCCCAAACAUCCUUGUUACGAGUCUUCCAAUUCAUCCUUGAUAUUUACAAGUGACCCUUCUAUAACAUGUAUCUUAGGAUAUUGUGUACUUACUUUUUUGUCUAUUGCUACAAUCUGUGGAAAUCUUCUUGUCAUAAUCUCAGUUGUGUACUUCAAACAACUUCACACUCCUACUAACUAUUUUAUUCUGUCUCUAUCUUUGGCUGACUUACUCGUUGGUCUUUUGGUUUUUCCCUUCAGUAUGACCUUUACUGUGACCUGGUGCUUUUUUGACAACAAUUUCAUCUGUAAAAUCCGAGAUAUAUUCGACGUGUCAUUGUGCACGUCAUCCAUUUUGAAUUUAUGUUGCAUAUCUAUUGACAGAUAUUAUGCUGUGUGUCAGCCUCUGGAAUAUAGAUCCAAAAUAACUGCUCAAGUAGCUCUGUCUAUGAUUCUCGUGUGCUGGGGUAUUGCUGUUGUGAUUGCAUUCUGGAUUAUAUUAGGAGGAUACAGCCAAGGAACAUGUGAGGGAAUGUGCUCUGUUACUGUUAUUUUGGUAAACAUUAUGGGACCUUUUUUGUCUUUUUACCUACCUGCAGUCAUUAUGAGCUGCAUCUACUUGAAGAUUUUUUUUAUAGCUCAGAGGCAAGUGAGCAGCAUCCAGAUCUCAAACUCUAUAAGUAAGAUAGAGAGGAAAGCUACCAAAACCCUGGCCAUUGUUAUGGGAGUGUUUUUAUUAUUCAUGUCACCUUACUUUUUUUAUGUUGUCUUUCACCCACUCUUCCCUCACCACUCGUCCAUUCCUGCGAUUGAAAUAUUGAACUGGCUCACGUUAUCUAAUUCGAUGCUGAAUCCUUUUAUUUAUGCUUUCUUUUAUAACUGGUUCCGGUCUGCUUUUAAAAUGAUUAUAACUGGGAAAAUAUUUCAAGGUAAUUUGGGGGAUUCCAUAUUGAUUUGA